CUCAGCUCACAAACGCACUCGCAACCGCAACCGACGAUAACGCCGCGUGAAGUGGGCUGCUUUGGAAAUUUUACGAUUCAUUGUUGCUUGGACGUGGCAGCCAUGACGUGAUUUCUGACUUUGACUAAGAAAAUUUUUUGUUAAAAUUACAUUUGUAAAUUAUAGAAAAUUAACUUAAGGGGAAUACGUGCAUUAUUAAGCCAGCAACAAGAGCUCAAUUAAGUGUAAAAUAUAAUGUGUGUGAAAACUAUUGAAAUUUAUAAAAAAUUAUUGUUGUAGAGUGAAACUAAAAGCAAAUGCGUAAUAUAAAUUAAAAGCAACAAAAAACACAAAUUGAGGAGAGCAGCACAACUACGAUAAAAGAAACAUCAGCAACAACUACAAACAAAAAAAGAAAAACAACGCAUCAAUUAUUUAUCACGCAGCAGCAGCAACAACAACUAAAACAACCAUCAGCGGCGGUAGCAACAAUAUUAACAACAAUAAAGUCAUCGUCCAAUUGAGUAGCACGAGAAAAACACCGCACUUGCCUAUCGAUUGCCCGUCAAACCGAUAUAUACACAGUUUUCAACACUGUUCGUUCGGCCGAACAGCGAGCACAGCUGAUUGUGCCUGGUUGGCUGUUGUGUUUUUUUGGGUGUGCGCGGGGCAGUGAAAGGUUUUCUGCGUGCCGAGCGACCGAGAAAUAACAGUAUAACAACAGCAUCAACAACUACUGUGUGUGUGUGUGUGUGACGUGGUGGAAAGAACACAACACAACAGAACAAAAAAAAAAAAAAAAAAAAAUACACACGACCACGUCGAGCAGGUGGCAGUUUAGAACAGCUGUUUCAACACAUCAAAACUACAAAAAGCCACUGAAAUCUACAAAGCGCUGUCGACUAUUUAAUGUAAAUACAUUCACAUAAACAUACCUAUUCUUUUCCAACAGUGGUGAGAUAAUUAUACACACUCGUAUACAUUCAACAAUAAUAACAACAAGAACCAAAAACUAAAACAACAAUAACAACAAUAACAGUUGCCAUUGGGCCCCAGGCUUCUUCUACGUCACAUUCGAGAUCAGGAGUGGUGCCAGCAGCGACGCAUUGCAACAAACACAACUACAACAACAACUUCCAGUUAACGUUGCUUCCAUUCGAUUCUUCCGUGCAAAAAGAAAAAAAAAAAAAAACAACACUAAAACACUUUAAUUUAUUGUUCAACACUGGCGCGCUAGCCGAAAACAAAAAAAAAAAAAAACAACUAAUAUUUGCCAUUUUGCCACGCAAACGUCACAGCGACUAAGCAGAGACAACUUAACAAAAGCAAAUACAAAGCGUAGUUCAAGUAAUUAACAAAAAAAAAAAAAAAAAACAAAACAACAACAAAGAAUUAUCAUUGUGAUCAUCAAAAUCAUCAUCAACAAUCAACAUUUGAGGGGGGCGGACACGUUAUGAGCAAUUCGAUUGCAUCAACAAAAUGCCUGCCCAAUGUCUCGCUCUCGUCCGGAAAUUAUGGUAUGUCCCAAAGCCACCGUUACACCGAUGAUACAAAGGAGUAUAUAUUCCUUAAGCUAACCGACUCUGCCUUCCGUGCCAUCGAGGAAUAUCAAAGAAACGAGAAUGCCAAACGCCUUGCGCCCGGCCAGUGUGCAAAAAUUCAAUGCAAUGGCAACACUGGCGUCAUACACUUCCCGCUGCCAAGCAGCGAUAACAGUUCUGUUAAUAACAGCAGCGGCAACGGCGGCAGCGGAAUGGAAAGCGGCGGACGUAAAUUUGGCUUCACCAUUGACGAACUGGAGGGCACAUUGGAGUGCAUACAACAGCAGCGCGAGGGAUUCGAUGUGCUUGGCGCAUUGGCGCGACGAAUGCGAAUUCAUGCCAACGAUGAUGUCUACGAUACGACGCGAUCCAAAAUGGCUCGGGCCGAGGAGACGGAGAAGAGCAAAUGUAUACGCGAGAUCAAGCCAAAUCAAUCGGAUAUUGGGCGUAAGGUGAAGAAGCCGGCCUCGGCAUCAUCAUCGCAUCACAGUGGGAACAACAACAACAACAGCAACAAUAGCAGCAAUAGUUUUAACAGUAACAAUAGUCGUAAGUUAGUUUCAUCGCCAUUUAAUGGCCUGACAUCGUCGUCAUCAUCAUCAGUUGCAGCAGCAGCAGCAGCUGCAGCAGCAGCAUCAGCAGCGGCGGCGGCAGCAACAGCAGCAAUCACAAUCGCCUCACGCUCGCCCAAUCCCAAUACGUUGGGUGCCAGCGGCACAGUCAAUGGCAGUCGCAGCACAGCCCUGGCCAACACAUUCGCCAAUGGUAUCUCACAGGGCUGUGCGCUCAGCGGCAGCUCGCCCAGAGAGCAUAGCACAACAGCAACUGUUGCUGGCACAGCAGUAACAGUUGGUUGCAGCAAUGGACGCAAUAAAAUGCUCAACGGCAGCGGCAACAAUUCGCGCAGCGGCAAUGCCAAAUCAGGCGGUGCUGGCGGCGGUGGAGCAGGUGGGGCAGGCAAUGGCAACAAAAUGUCGGAUGUAUCGAGGCGCAGCAUUCGCGAGCGUUUGAUACAUUUGCUGGCAUUGAAGCCGUUCAAGAAGCCCGAGCUGUAUGCGCGCCUCAAGAACGAGGGCAUCAAGGAUCGGGAGCGCAAUCUAAUUGGCAAUAUACUCACGGAUAUAAGCACCAUGUCGCAUAAUACGUUCAAUUUGCGCCGCCAGAUCUGGAACGAUGUUGACGAGAAUUGGCCGUUCUUUAGCGAACAGGAGCUGCAGCAGCUAAAGCGUCGCAAGCCACAGAAUCUGACGCCGCCCAUGAGCUCCGAUGCGGGCAGCUCCACCUCUGGACAGAGUCCAACGUCCACGCACACGGGCAGCCCGCCGCCGUUGCUGCUGAUGCCACCAAAUGUCGGACAGCAAUCGGGCGGCGGCGGCGGCGGACCCGGCAACGGCGGCAAUAGCCUGAAGCGGAGCAGCAUCGAGUACGAUGAAAUGUUCAGCACGGUGCAUCCGAAGAAGCAGCGCAUCAGUCAUUACAACAGGGAGUCGGGCGGCGGUCCACAGUUCACAGCUGCGCCCACUAACUGCCCCAACACGGGCACGUCCUAUCGCAGUCGAAAUGCUGCCGCCUAUACGCCGCCGCAACGCCAGCUUCCGCAGCUGGACGAGCAGAGCAGCAACGAUUUGACCUACAGUGUGCUGGACAAUCUGGACGAGUUCCGUAGCAUGACAGCAGCAGCAGCUGUUAGCGAGCAGCAGCAGCAGCAGCAACAGCAGCGCGGCGGCAGCAGCAACAGUCGACGUGGCAGCGGCGGCUCUGCGAAGCAAAGCAACAGCAGCAGCAGCAACGGCAACGGCAACGCGGACAAGCGCAACUCGACGGGCAGCAACUCGAGCAGUUCCAGCGGCUAUGAGACGCAGCUGGAGCGCAACAGUCGUCAGUCGUCGGCAGCGCAGACGACGGCACGAAAAUCCUCGACAACGCCGCCCAAAUUAGCAGCCAGCUUUGUGCGACAAUCGACACAGCAGCAGCAACAACAGCAGCAACAACAGCAGCAACAACAGCAGCAGCAGCAGCAGUCACGUGGCAACAGCUUCAGCAGCAACAACAACAAUGCGCACGAUGAGUACAAUUCAUACAACAACAACACGCAUGCCGCGUCCAAUAGCAAAAAGCGCACGAGUAACAGCAACAGCAACGGACAACGUCAGCGCAGCAGCAGCAGCAACAGCAACAGCAACAAUCACAUCUAUCAACAGCAGCAGCAACAGUUGCAGGCGCCAGUGCAGCAGCAGCAACAGCAACAGCAGCAGCAACAGAUGCCGCAGCAGCAGCAACAACAACCUUAUCAUAAUCGCGAGUCGACGGGCAAGAGUGCGAGUGGCAGCGGCAAUCAGACGACGGCCAAGCAUCCGUCGCCCACACAGCAGCUGGCGGCGGCUGCGCAUGCGUAUGCGGCGGCAACGGCGGAUGCUGAUGCGAAUGCCACGCCCCGUUACGAUUUCAGCCAAUAUGCGCCCAUACGCACACUGGAGGUGCGCAGGCGCUACAAGACUGAAUUCGAGAGCGACUACGACGAGUAUCGCAAACUGUUGACCAGCGUCGAGGAUGUGCGCAAUCGUUUCCAGGAUCUGUCCAAGCGUCUGGAGGGCGCACGGCGACGCGGCGGCGGCGACUACGAUCAAAUCAAGCGGCAAAUUGUCAGCGAAUACGAGCGCAUCAACAGCGAUCGCAGCAUACACAAGGACAAGCUGAGAUUCGACUAUCUGCACGCCAAGUUGGCGCACAUCAAGCAGCUGGUCAUGGACUAUGACAAGACCCUGAUGAGCGCCACGGCAGCAACAGCAGCAAUGCCGGAGGCAGCAGCUGAAGCCCAAGCACGUUUGGCGGAAAGCAGCAACAUGCAACAGCAACAGCAGCAGCAACAUCGCCAACAGCAGCAGCAACAUCAUGCUGUGGAAACGAUACAGCAACAAGAGCAGCAGCAACAGCAGCAACAUUUCAUCAACAACAACAACAACAACAACAACAACAACAACAACAACAGCAGCAGCAACAACAACAACCACGAGAGCGACUCGGAUGACAGCUCCGGCAGCUCCGAUUCCAAUGAUGAUGAUGAUGAUGACGAUGAAGAUUGCGAAGAUUCCAACUCCAACACUGACGACGACGACGACGAUGAAACCUACUGAGAAUAAACGAAUCAAACAACGCAAAGCUACUUCUGGAUAAAACGAUAAA